AUGGGCGACUCAUACGCAAUGAAGAGUGGCAGCAAAUAUGCUUCUGAGAUUCACCACUCCAGAACUUCGUCUGAAAUGGCACGCAAUGUCGAAAAGUCUGUCGAUCGGGAUGAGCAGGAGAUGGCGAGACUCGGCAAGCGUCAAGAACUGCGGAGAAACUUUGGCUUUAUGAGCAUGCUCGGCUUUUCCUGCACGCUUAUGAUAACCUGGGAGGGACUCCUAACGGUAUUCGUUUAUGGAUUGACCGACGGAGGCCCAGCUGGACUCGUGUACGGGUUUCUCUUCUGCUGGGUUGGGUACUUUACUGUUGUUGCUUCUCUGGCCGAGAUGGUUUCAAUGGCGCCCACAGCAGGCGGCCAGUAUCACUGGACGUUUCUGUUUGCUCCGAAGUCUUGUCGCAACUUCCUGUCGUUCGUUACGGGAUGGCAGUCCGUUCUUUCAUGGCAAGCUUGUCUCGCAUCGGCUGCUUAUCUCGGUGGUACCAUCAUGCAGGGGCUGCUCGUGCUUAACUACCCCAGCUAUGACUUCCAUCGCUGGCAUGGAACUCUCCUGCUUUUUGCAGUGAUCACUGUGGCGUUGCUCUUUAACACGUACCUGGCGAAGCAGCUGCCUAAAAUCGAGGGCGCCGUCUUGAUCGUGCAUAUUGUUGGCUUCUUUGGAGUGCUCAUCACUCUGGUCUAUCUUGCGCCGCAUGGAUCUGCCCACGACGUUUUCGUCAAGUAUCUCAACUCCGGAGGAUACGACAAGGGCACCUCCUUUUUUGUGGGGUUGAUUACCACGGUUUUUGCUUUUGUGGGUGCCGAUGGAGCCAUUCACAUGUCCGAAGAGAUCAUCAAUGCGUCCACAGUUGUACCAAAUUCCUUGGUGGCAUCAAUUGGCUUGAACGGUGCGAUGGGGUUCAGUAUGUUAAUCGCAAUCCUGUUUUGCAUCGGAGACAUCGAGAGCGCGCUCUCAACGCCGACCGGCUUUCCUUUCAUCGAAAUCUUCCGCCAGGCCGUCAACACGAACGCAGGAGCCACAGCCAUGAGUGCUGUGGUCCUUUCAUUGAUGAUAUUUGCAACCAUUGCUGUCUUGGCAGCCGCCUCGCGAAUGAUGUGGGCUUUUGCAAGGGACAAUGGACUGCCUGGCUCACGGUUCAUCUCUCAAGUCGAGCCUCGGACGAAAUUGCCCCUGUACUCGGUUGGGCUCUCAGUCAUGAUCACGAUGUUGUUGGGUUUGAUCAAUAUUGGUUCCAGUGCUGCCUUCAAUGCCGUUGCCUCAUUGGUGGUUUCAGGAUAUCUUUCCAGCUAUACCUUACCCAUGAUUUUACUGCUGCAUAAGAAGAUAUUCCACCCUUCGUCUAUCCAUUAUGGGCCAUGGAGAUUGGGACGAGUUUUUGGCAUCUUCUGCAACGUCUUCGGUCUCAGUUGGAUUGCCAUUGUCAUGGUCUUCAGCUUUUUCCCGGCGGACCGGACGGCUUUGUCGGCACAAACCAUGAACUGGUCCUGUCUCUUGUGGGGAGGCACCAUGAUCAUCGGAAUCGCAAGCUAUUUCGGAUACCUUCGAGGGCGUUACAAUGGCCCUGUCGUUGAGGGCGACAUUGUUGAGCAAGUUCGGGGUGUCUGA